UCACCUUGUUUUGGAGGAAGUGGUUCCGGUUGGUUGUCUGCUGUGCUCGCGCUCAGACUGAGAAGAUGAACGCGCCUCCCGCCUUCGAGUCGUUUCUUCUGUUUGAAGGAGAGAAGAAGAUCACCAUCACUAAAGACACGAAGGUUCCCAACGCCUGUCUGUUCACCCUGAACAAAGAGGACCACACGCUGGGCAACAUCAUCCGAGCUCAGCUGUUGAAGGAUCCCCAGGUUCUGUUUGCUGGUUAUAAAGUUCCUCAUCCUCUGGAACACAAGAUUGUCAUCAGAGUGCAGACUACGCCUGACUACAGUCCACAGGAAGCGUUCACAAACGCCAUCACUGACCUCAUCAGCGAGCUCUCUCUGCUGGAGGAACGCUUCAGAGUCGCCAUCAAGGACAAGCAGGAAGGGAUCGAAUGAUGCCCCGCCCCCUGAUGAUGUCACAUCCUCUUUGUCCUGGCACUGUGUCUGUCUAAUGUUUAUUUUUAUAAAUAAAGUGUGUGAUGUCACUUCC